CGUGAUUCGUCGAGAUCAACCACUCUCUCCCUUUGACGCACUACGCGGAUGACGCAAUAUUGGCGAUACGAAUAAGGCAACAAGAUGGCUCUCAAGGGUGUCGUCGGCGCCAAAAUAACGAACGAUGUUAUACGCACUGUCAAGAAGAAGGGAGAAUGGAAAGUUCUUGUGGUUGAUCAGCUGGGAAUGCGGAUGAUAUCCGCUUGCUGCAAGAUGCAUGAACUUGCCUCCGAAGGAAUCACAAUUGUGGAGGACCUGAGCAAGAAAAGGGAACCUUUGCCAAAUAUUGAGGCUGUCUAUCUCAUCACUCCGACCGAAAAGUCCAUUCGUUUGCUGAUGGCAGACUUCCAAACACCAACUAGGCACAUGUAUCGGUGUGCGCAUAUCUUCUUCACGGAAAAAUGUCCCGAUGAGCUGUUCACCGAAAUAUGCAAGUCACCGAUGGCCAAAGUGAUCAAGACACUGAAGGAAGUCAACAUCGCUUUUCUGCCCUACGAAAGCCAGAUAUUUUCCCUGGACACACCUGAGACGUUUCAGUUCUACUACAACCCAAAUCGCAUCAACGAACGUGCUUCCAACCUGGAACGCAUUGCGGAGCAGGUUGCCACGCUUUGUGCCACGCUCGGGGAAUACCCUUCCCUGCGCUACCGAAGCGAUUUCGACCACAACGUAGAACUCACUCAGUUGAUCUACCAGAAACUGGAUGCGUACAAGGCAGAUGAACCGACAAUGGGCGAGGGCCCGGAGAAGAUGCGCUCCCAGCUGAUAAUACUUGACCGAGGUUUCGACUGCGUGUCCCCGCUCCUCCACGAGCUGACCUUCCAGGCCAUGGCCUACGACCUGCUGCCCAUAGAGAAUGACGUGUACAAGUUUGAGUCGACCAGCGGCAACGACGUCCGCGAGAAGGAGGUUCUGCUCGAUGAGAAGGACGACCUAUGGGUGGAGCUGCGCCACCAGCACAUCGCCGUCGUGUCCCAGGCGGUGACAAAGCAGCUGAAGAAGUUCAUUGAGAGCAAGCGCAUGACCUCGUCUGGGGACAAGGCCAGCCUGAAGGACCUGACCACCAUGAUCAAGAAGAUGCCCCAGUAUCAGAAAGAACUGAGCAAGUACUCCACCCAGCUGCACCUGGCUGAGGACUGUAUGAAGUCCUACCAGGGCUGUGUGGAUAGGCUGUGCAAGGUGGAGCAGGACUUGGCCAUGGGCACGGACGCUGAGGGAGAGAAGAUCAAGGACCCGAUGCGGAACAUUGUGCCCAUUCUGCUCGACACGACGGUAUCAAACUUCGACAAGAUCCGCAUCAUUCUGCUCUACAUCUUGUCUAAGAAUGGUAUCUCCGAGGAAAAUCUGACCAAGUUGAUUCAGCAUGCCCAGAUACCAGCUACUGAAAAAUGCAUCAUCACCAACAUGGCUCACCUUGGAGUGAACAUUGUGACGGAUCAACGAGACAUUGAGAAACUGCCGCCGUUCAACUCGCACACCCCGCUACUGUUGUCGCAACAGUUUACCAAUGAAGUUCUGGGUCUAGGAAGCCGAAAGAAGGUGUACCACGUGACCCGCAAGGAACGCAUUACCGAACAGACUUAUCAGAUGUCCCGCUGGACUCCGGUCAUGAAGGACAUCAUGGAAGAUGCCAUUGAAGACAAAUUGGAUGUGAAGCACUUUCCCUUCCUGAGCGGGGGCAGAGUCGUCCCCACAGGUUAUGGCCGUUCAGCUCCAACCAGCCAACGCUAUGGGCACUGGCACAAGGACAAGAACACGCCAAACGUGAAGAACGUGCCUCGCCUGAUGGUGUUUGUCAUUGGUGGCAUCACCUAUUCUGAGAUGCGGUGUGCUUACGAGGUCACCAAAGAUGCCAAGAACUGGGAGGUCAUCAUCGGCUCCGACCAUAUCCUGACUCCGGAGGGCUUUCUCAGCGACCUGAGAGACCUGAGCAACUGAGAAGACAAGACAACAGCCAAGGCACAUUCCUCUACACGAAUCAGAAGAAAAAAAAAACAGCGAAAAGGAAGCUUGCCCUCUCCCCUCACCAGGGCAGCAGUGUGUAUCGUGUUCAUUAGCAGAAGGCUCGCGCUCACCAAGUUGCUAGCGCAGAGCACCAGUCAUUCCUCAAGAGAAGCCAAAUAGUGCUAUAUACGCACACCCAGCUAUUGUUAUUAUUAAGAGCUUGAAUACAUGGGUCCCUUUCCACUCCCAUUCAACCAGUUGUGUGUAGUGGACGGUUUUCAGAGUAUGCUAGCCCACAUGCUUUGGUUAGCAGCACUGGGCGUAGCGUCUGGAGUUUGUCUUUCGGUCAAAAUUUGCUGGACACCAACGAACUUGGAAAGUUGUCCAUUGCUACUACUACUCUGUGUCGUCAUACAUCACAUAGGAAUAUCUCCCAGUGUUGAGGCAAACCCCUUUUUUGUUCAAGAUGGAUAUAUAUAUAUAUAUAUAUAGUCAAGAAAAGAAAAUCACAGGCAUAUUAUUUAUUCCCCUUCCGAUAGCUCGUUCUGCAUCAGCGUCCUACAUAUGUCUGAGGCGUAGGUCUUUCGUGACCAAGUCACGUGUAGUGAAGGGGUCAUUCAUGGUGAAUUUUACUCUAUGCUACACUUGUACAAAUAGAUAUUUUUUCCCUUUUUCAGAUUCUGGAUUUCAGCUGUGUGUGUUGCCAAUUUGUCUGUUUGGAGCGUUUUCUUGCAGACUUGUGUUUCGCUUGUUGUUUGAGCUGGAGGAAAUUUUCGAUGCAAUAAAUCUAAGCUUUAAAGCAGU